AUGAAGUUGUUAUCUGUUAUCGCCGGUGCCGCUUUCUUCACCACCUCCUUCGGUGCACCUACUGCUGCAAACAAUGUCCUCAAAGGUCGUGCACCUCCGGCGCCUCCUGGUCCCCCUCCCCCACCGCCGCCACCUACUCCACCUCCACCCAGCGAGGCCGAUGUGAGCAGCCACCUAAAAAGCAUAGGAAAGGACACCUGUCUCUUCUACGCCAGGGUCGGCAGUGAGGAGGAUAUCAAAGCAGAACGCAACAAACGGGACUAUCUCCAAGGUUACCAGAUCAUCAAAGAACGGUGGACAGACCCGAGCUGGCCCGACCAGGCCAAAAAGAACAUGCCCCCCGGGAAACCCGGAAAGGGCAGGAAGUUUUUUGAAAUGGCGUCUAGGGUCCUCGCCAGGGGAUGUUCUGGGACAGUUUAUGUUCUGUUGCCUUCUGAUACGAGCGGCACAGAUUGGGUAACAGACACGGUUUGGCACCAACAGGAGUGGCCCAACCUGCCCCCGGUCGUUACCAAAGUCAUCCGUCUCAAGAUGGACGACGCAAGCCAUAUGGAAGUCAUCUGGGGCAGCUCUUCCAAGCGCAACGUGGCCCCCAUCCAGGCACGCGCCGCGAACGAUAAAUGCGCCAUCUCCCUCAAUCAGUGGGACAAUGACCAAACUGAUGGACCCGGGGACCGCUUCGACCUUGAGUUCGACGUGCGCAACAACAACGGCGUUGUCCUUGGGCAUCAAGCCCGCGUCUCCGUGGGCGACUGGAACCCGCUGCGCUUGCUCGGCAGCAGCCUAGUAACUAGAAUUAUCGUCAUUCCUAACGGCGACAGCGUCGGCUUCUGGUACUUUGGUCGCUACUGGAGUACCAACGACAGCCGCUGCAAGCUAGGCAACUGGGUCGAUGACGCAAACAAUGCCCGCCACCGCGAGAUCAACUGUGACUUUGACUGCUGA